AUGGGCAGCACACCCUGUGCUAGGGCAGGGGGUCGAGGGCCCACCCGGCAGCGGAUCCCGGUGGCUUCUCCCCCGGCCAUCAACACUCCCGUCCACUACCAGUCCCCACCACCCGUGCCCGGAGAGGUCCUCAAGGUCCAGUCCUACCUGGAGAACCCCACCACGUACCACCUGCAGAAGUCACGGGACAAGAAGGUUCAAAAAAAUUGGCGCCCCCCCGGCGCCCGCGCCAGCCCCCCCCCCAAGCCACCCCCUGCCGCGUCCCCCGGCGUCCGACCCAGCCACGUCAUGUCCUCCUCGGCGGGCAACAGUGCGCCCAACAGCCCCAUGGCCAUGCUCAACAUCGGCUCCAACCCCGAGCGGGAGUUCGAUGAGGUCAUCGAUGACAUCAUGCGCCUGGAUGACGUUUUGGGCUAUAUGAACCCCGAAGUCCACAUGCCCAACACACUGCCGGUGUCAAGCAGUCACCUGAAUGACUAUCCCGCCGACCUCACCCAGAAGAGAGAGCUGACAGAUGCCGAGAGCCGAGCCCUGGCGAAAGAGCGCCAGAAGAAAGACAAUCACAACCUGAUCGAGAGACGGCGAAGGUUUAACAUCAACGACCGCAUUAAAGAGUUGGGGAUGCUGAUCCCCAAGGCCAACGACCUAGACGUGCGCUGGAACAAAGGGACAAUCCUGAAGGCGUCUGUGGACUACAUCAAGAGGAUGCAGAAGGACUUGCAGAGGUCACGAGACCUGGAGAAUCACUCACGGCGUCUGGAGAUGACGAAUAAGCAGCUGCUGCUCCGCAUCCAGGAGCUGGAGAUGCAGGCACGCGUCCACGGGCUGCCCACCUCCUCGCCCUCGGGCGUCAACGUGGCCGAGCUGGCUCAGCAGGUGGUCAAGCAAGAAGCCGGCGGGGANGAGGGGACGCUGGAGCCACUGCUGCCACCCCCGGACCCCGAGUCACAGCCGCAGCCGGCGCUGCCUCCACCACCCCAGUCUCCCUACCACCAGCUGGACUUUACCCACAGCCUGAGCUUCGACGACGGCUCCCAGGGCUUCCCGGACAGCCUGGAGCCUGGCCACAGUGCUUCGUUCCCUUCCCUAUCCAAGAAGGAGCUGGACUUGAUGCUGAUGCAGGACACCAUGCUGCCCCUGGCCUCCGAUCCCUUGUUCUCGGCGAUGUCCCCGGAGGCCUCCAAGGCCAGCAGUCGCCGGAGCAGCUUCAGCAUGGAGGAUGCAGACAUGCUGUGACGAGGAGCUGCUCCAACACUGGGGGCGAGGACUGGACCUUCAAGUUUGGUUAGUGAAGUUACAGGGCACUCUUCUCGCAGGAGGAGCCCAUCCUGCCACGCACUUGAAUCUACGUAGGAGUACCUUUUCUCUAUGCAACGGGGGUCUCGGAUCAAGGCUCGCCGGGUACCGCCGUGUCUUUCGCAAGCUUUUUUUUUUUGCCAGGAGCUGGAGCGGACCUUCUUGGCUUGCCGUGGCGUUGGCCUGACUGCAGAUUCCCCAGCCCAGGAGCGUGAUCUCGGCUGCUUUGCCUUUCAGCGAAACCCUCCCGGACUGUCCCCCUUCCCCAGGGUGCUGGCCCAGAGCCGGAGCGGGCAGGAACCUUCGAGUCCCUGGGAGGAGAGGGACGAUGCUCAGAGCUUUUUCUCUGGCUUGCUGCCUCCUUGCCGCCUUGCUCCGGGAGCCCACAUCCCCAACGAGUCUUCCCCAGCGGUGGCCUCCGAGCCCGGCAGAUGCUUCACGGUGCCACAUCCUUCACGGUUCCUCCUUCCUUGGAGCACGCGCUGCCUCUCCGGGUUGCAGGGCUGGAGGGAGAAGAGGUGCUUAACUGGAGCAAGUUAAUUCAUGGGGCAUGGGGGGGGUGUUGUCUGAGUGAGCUGGGUCUGAGGCUACGAAUUUGGGUCAACGUUGAGGGCUUCCAAACUGGCCGGGACAGGGUGUUUGAUGCUCGCCCAACCCCCCGCUGUGACCCCCAGCUUUCAGGAGGACCCCCCUUCAGGGUUUGGCAGCACCCACCACCUCAAAACCUCGCUGGCUUCUGGACAAGGGCUGCAUGGUGCCAGGCGACCUUCAGCCUCCCUCGAGACAUCCCCACAGAGCUGCCUCUGCCCCGUAACACCAACCUGUGGCUCUUCAGGUGGAAGGAUAAAGGGUUUUUACACUUUUUUGGGGGGGAAUACUUGCUGAAAGCGGGUGUCCUGCCCCACAUCUGGGCAUGGAGGUCCAGGCUCUGGCUGGGGACCAGGGAACGGUUCGUACCGAUUGCCAAACCUGAGCCGCCGCUCUCUGCUUUAGGCUCGCAUGGUUUAUUUCUCUUCCCAGCGUCGCCAGCUCGUUCCCCAGCCAGGACGGCUCGGUGAUGGGGAGCUGCUUUGGGCUCUGCAUCAUCUUCUGCCUUCUGAGCCCGGCUGGCGGUGGGGAGGGAGCUGGGCAGGGGAGGGGGACACUGUUCACAGGGAAAAUACCGCACAAAUUUGUUGUAAAGCCCGAAGGGGAGCACAGGGAAGGCUGGGGAGAAGAGACCCCUUUGUGAUCCCGCACUAUGGCACAGCAUCACCCCCCCCGGGCCAUGGGAGCUGUGGCUGGAUGGACAGGAGCCCAUGCGGGGAUGGGGGUCACUGGGUGCAGCCCGUCCUGGACCAAGGAUGGGGGAUGUCACGGGGUUGGGACCGCGAGGGGAAAGCCCAGCCAAGGAGGGACAAGCUUGCUCCAUCGUGGCUGGAUUUGGGGGAGUGGGGGGUGGGGGAGGGCCCCCCUGGAGAGGUGGGGGGCCUGUUGGACAUGAGGGUGUGAGGAAGUGCAGAGGGUGGGGAAGAGAGGGGGAAAGGAAGAGGGAGGACGUGUCGGAGGUG